GAGAGAGAGAGAGAGAGAGAGAGAGAGAAAUUCGCCAUGCACCCACCCGCAGAGUGAUCUCACCAUUACGCACGGAGGAACACUCGAAAGAGGGGAGCGUGUUGCAGUCAAUAGUAAAAACAUCGUUCUUCACACGCAGAGGAGGAUGAACGACUUUCUCAUUAAUAUUUAGCCAAGUCUUCAAACUUGAUCUUGGGAGCAGAGCAGAGUCCAGCUGUCAUUCAUCCUCACAGGAAUGGUGGAUCACUUAUCGCUUGGUGAGGAGACCUUCCUGUACUAUACGAGCUCAUCGGCGAGUGACCACAGCAGCAUCCGUAGCGAUGCCAGCGAGGGGCUGUCCCGGGGCAUCAUGGUGACCGACUCUUGCUUCUACCACCCCUACCAAGGGGUGUCGUCUUCGCCCAUGCUCUCGGAGGAUGAACUUAGUAACUCCUCUAGUCCGCGAUCCUCGCUUUGCUCAAGCCCAGAGACCUCAUCGCCCAAGUCCCACGCCCACGUGAGUUCUAGCUAUGAAAGCAGGAGUUCUUCUGAAGGUGAGAGUCAAGACAGCUUGCUUGACCUCCUUCUCUCCCAGGGAAUGACCACCUCAAUAAGCUCCAACAUCAGCAGUAGCAGCUUGCUCUCCUCGACACCUUCAUCAUCUUCCACCGCUCCACUUUUACCAAUGGGCCUUGCUUGGGAAUCCAAGAGAGACCAGAAGCUGGGUCUCCUCCAGCACCAGACUAAAGAGGACUAUUGUGAGUUCCCGAUUUUUCUGGAUGAGCUGCAGGAUCCUGCGGCCCUCCUCUUUCAGCCCACACUGGAAGAAAUUGAGGAAUUUUUGGAGGAGAACAUGAUGGUUGCGUUAGAGAAGGAAGACGAUGGAAGCGAUGAGGCGAUGUCGCCGACGCCGGAGGAUUCCGAGCCUGAGAGAGCAACGACCAGAGAGGUCUUGCAGAGCUCGGAUCAGACUGUACCUGUGGCCCUUUCUCCACUGUCCUCCCUAAGAGAGACCAAACAGACAGUAAACUCAUCAAACAUUGACAGUUCAUCAACAGUCGAUGUGAGUUGUAUUAGUUUGAGCUCCACUGAAAGUGAAGUUGAUGGAAUUAAACAGGAAAACUCUGAAUUUCCAUCAGCCUCAGGAGAAAACACCAGUGCUGCUACAAGUGUACCGGUCAUCUUACAAAUCCACCCUGUACAGAUCAAGCAAGAAAAUCAUCCCUGCAUUGUCUCAGAAGCUCAAAAGCAAGAGGCUCACUCCCAGAAGCCUCAACUAGCACAGGAUAUCAAGAUCGCCCAGCUCCUGGUCAACAUCCAGGGUCAAACCUUCGCCUUGGUGCCUCAAUUGCUUUCCCCAGCGAACAUUGCAUUUGCCAACAAGAAUUCAUCCAAAUUUGUAAGGAUCGCACCAGUGCCCAUUGCUGCCAAACCCACUGGGCUUGGGGAGUUAGGUAGCGGAACAACUACUGGGGUCCUAGCUGGAGGUCAAAGGUACCAGAAGAGCGCAGUGGCAGACCUUAUUAAAAUGCACAAGUGUUCUUUCCCGGGCUGUAACAAGAUGUACACCAAAAGCAGCCACCUUAAAGCUCAUUUGAGGAGGCACACCGGGGAAAAGCCUUUCGCGUGCACAUGGCCUGGUUGCGGAUGGAGGUUCUCCAGAUCGGAUGAGCUGUCCCGACAUCGGCGCUCCCAUUCCGGAGUAAAACCGUACCAGUGCAUCGUCUGUGAGAAGAAGUUUGCCCGCAGCGAUCACCUGUCAAAACACCUCAAAGUCCACCGGUUUCCACGAAGCAGCAGGACAGGGCGCUCUGCAAACUGACCGCUUUGACCCCUGUUCUGAAAGACUGACGUUAAGCGAUGGGCGGGCGCCUGUGACGAAGGAUGGACAGAGGAGGACAUGGAAGGGGGUUAAAGGAGCUUGCCCAGGACUUGUGUGUUCAAAUGCGUGCGUGACGUAUGUACUGUGAUCAUUUAAUGGGUGGCAAUGAAAUGACCGCGUAAGGUAAAAAACAAUGUUACUUGACACACACCCUUCACAAAUAGAAUAAGCUUCUUGUACAGGACAAAUUUAUUUUGUCUCGCUCAAUCUUGGGACUAAUCAAAAGAAGAUCAAUUUCUUAUUCAGAAUAUUUUUUCACUUGCUGGUGUGUAUAUUGUUCAUGUCCAAAAAGCCUUAUAUAUAAAAUUUGCAUCACUGAGGGUUCUAAUACUCAAACAACCCAAGUGAUUUUUUUUGCCAUUCUGGAGCCAAAUGUUGCCACACAGGAUCAAGGAACUCAUUUGUUGUCAAAUUAAUUUAAUAUGCUGGACAUUUUAAUAAUGUGCUAUGUGAAUAAUUGUGGCCUUGGUUUAAUUAGUUUCCUGCCAAGUUAAGCCUACCUUGAGUUGAUCCUAAUCAAAAUUAUAGUCAUGUUUUUCAAAUGAUAUUUUCUAGACACUUUUCAAGAGAGGUUUAACAUGUUUUUUGGCACUAUUACUACUAGUCACGACUUGUAUUCAAUCGAAACGAUUAUAUUCAAACUGGAAUUGCUGGUCUCUGUAAAGAGAAAAUGUUUUUUACAUUGACAUACCGCAGAGAAGAGGCUUCAGAACCAUGAAUUAUUGAGCCGUUGUCUGCACUGUCCAACGCUGUGUCAGUGGCUGGAAAACAGUAUAUCACAACCGGGUGUAGCGGGGCUUUUCCAUACUGCAACAAGAAGGAGGGCUAAAAUGGCAACGCCAUUGGAGAAGGCAAAAGGAAAAUGUAUUUCUGCUGUGGAGUUAUAGCUAGCUAGUUGACUGCACAUUGCAGUUGCGCCAGACAACCGCCAUUCUUAUUGGAGACAGGUGACUGACCCAUAACUAUGUCAAAUAAAUCCUGAAAAUUAAAAUGGUGAAAAACAGUUGAACACUAUAUUUACACGACUGAGCAAUGUAUAGUUCUCAAUAUUUGCAUUCAUUUCACAGGGAAUUUGCGAAAUUGCUGUCUAUAUUACAACGAAAAUUUGUAUAAAUUUUACAUUCUACCAGUCCCAACUUUCAACCAAUCAUCCUCACUACUAUCCUUAAACUGGAAUCCUUGGGCUAUUUCGCAGCCUGAAAAUAUUGAUGAUUAACAAUAACUUCCAGUGUCUGAGGUAGCAGAGAUGUUUCUCUUCAGCAAAGGUCAGAGCUUUUAACCAGUUGUAUUCAAACUAUUUAUAAAUCAAUAUCAGGGCAAGAACUCUCAAAUGGCCGCUGUAUAGCUGUGACUUAAACAGUCCCUUCCAAACAUGUUCCAUUUCAGCAGUCUAAACUUUAAAAUUAUUGUGUCCUCAUUCAACAUGAGCAAUAAUCUGUUUAGUUUGAAUAAUAGACUCCAAGCUGCUGCAGUUCUACUCUUUGCUAAUCAGUGAAGGCUUUGCAGGGGAGAAGCACUGCUUCUUUUCUACUUCUUUUCUACAUGGAAGAGUAAUGAUGCAUCAACAUUCCUUUGAGUUUUGAAUAAGUGUCUUUGUUGAAUGGGGAGAGGAAAUUAAAAUGGAGAAAAAAAAGAACAUUGCAAAACUAUAAUAUCAUUUACUGCCCAAAAUCAUGACACUGUAAUUUACACCAGCAUCCAAGACAUUUCCGGUUGUCUGCCCUCACAGAAUUGUUUGAGAAUUUAGUAUUGUGUUGAAGCUUGACUCAGAUCUCAGAAAUGCCUUCUCUCGCUCAUCUGGUCUAAAUGUCUAUCAUCUCAUUGUUGGUUUUGUUUUGGUUUUUUGGCGAGGCAAAUGAAAUCAAAACCAGGUGCUGCUUGUAUUUUUAUAAUUCAGGAAAUGAUUUAGAAUUCUGUUUGUUAGACGUUAGCCAUUUAAUAAAACUUCAAGUUCCCUUAAUGCAUCCUGUUACAAAUGUGAAUUGAGAGUAGAAGUAAAAUAGCAAUGGACACAUUGUUGAACUCGCCAACGUGAAUCUUCUCUGGCUCAAUCAAAUAUCUAUAUUUCUCUCUAUAUUCAAUAGCUGUUUAAUUUCAUGACAGAUUAAUGUUAUUUUCUAUUAAAAUAAAUUGAUUAUAAUAACUGUUUUUGUUGAGUCUGAUACCAUAAUAACGCAUGUAAAAUAACUCCACACCAUGAAAAAAAGAACAUUCACCACUAAAUUCUCGAUUCAUCCUCAUGUGGCUGCAAAUUUAAACAUAUAAUAGUGUGCAUACUUUAGGAGGUUAAAAGGAAAAAUCAUUAUUGGGCUGUAGAAUAUCAAAUUUAACCUUGCUCAUAUGGUUUCAACUCAAGUCUAAAAGUGUUGAUAAUUUGCUACCAGGCUACAUCUUAAAAUACACCUAUGGUGACAAGUUGUGUAUAAAACACAGCAUACUGUACAACAGAAGCUAUGUGUCCUGACAGGGCCACCAAAACCAUAGCCCUGAAAGCAGGAAAUUUGGGGUCAUUGCAGAAAUGAUUAAACAGCUUUCUAUAUGUGUUAACUCGUUAUUGUUGUCUAAUUGCAUUCAAUGCACAUUUAUUUACAAAACCGAAUCAUAACCUUUGCUUCAUGUUAUUUUAUUUUUUUGUUAAUCAGCAGUAAUGCUUGGUCAUUUGGAUACCUAGCCUCAAAUCAUAUCCCAGGAUUGAUAUACAGCUGAAUAACUUGAAAAUAGGCCUCUUUGUCUUUGGAUUGAAAGGGAACAGCGCAUUUUUUUUCUCUGUAUAUUGUAUAAAAUUAGGAAUUGUGGGACAAACUGUGUCAUACAUUUGAGAAGAAUCUCUAAGAUAGCAAAAAUCUAAACUGAGUAACUGUCAGUGUUUGAGGUGCAGCACGGAAAAUGAAUUGAUUGAAUGGAAUGUUCAAUUGGUUUUAUUAUGUAAAGUCAUGAAUGUAUGUUGUAUAUACAUUUCAAAGGAGCAAAAACAAAUGUUCUGUGAUCAUGAAAUAUUUUCUGUAAAGAAAGUGUACAAUCGAUUCUAAUACAGUACAUAACAUGCGCCUCAUGACAAAUGGCUUUAUUAAAAAAGCUUUGUAAAGAUAUCAUGUUUUGAUCUACAGUGAAUAUAUUCAUUGGUCUUUUGAUGCUAAAAAUACACUAUUUUUACAUUCAUUCUUUGGCCUGAAUUGUAUUUACAAUAAAAGUGAAUUUAAAAUAAAA